CUAACACGCGCAAAACCGGAAAUAGAAAAGGAUUCGGGUGCUCGUGGCGCGGCUAAGCAAUGUUUAUAGAAUGAUUAGCAAUCAAAGCAACCACAAUAUUCUUUCAUGACAGCGUGUUUAGAAAGCAAAACGACAGGCUACAAUUUUAAUGGCGCCAGUACGACAGCGAAAUGCGAAAGGCCUGAAUUCUACAGAGAUAGGGAAGAAAAUCAAAAGGGGCAAUGCACUGCGGCAGGGCACUGCUUGGUGGACUUCCAGAAGCCUAACCGCUUUGUUGCUGGUUAGUCUUUGUUUGUGUGGGGCAGCAGCCUGGCUAUAUGUCACGUCCUUGGAUAGUGGCAUAACGGAAACAUUGGUCAGCCAGCGUGAGCACGUGUCCCCCAAGCCCAGGGUCUUUAUCGUCCAGUGCUCAGAAGACUAUGAGAACUACAAACGCUACCCAGGAUGCACCCCUCAGAAGUGCGGGCGUGCCGUCGCAGACGGCCUAGUGACGAGGGAGGAAGCUCAGGUCCUAAGGAGCCUGGCUGAGAGAGGACUUCAACUGGCUGGAUCAGAGGGAGGGGCCUCCAUCUUGGAUCUGCACUCAGGAGCAUUGUCAAUGGGGCCACAAUUUGUCAACAUUUACAGAUAUUUUGGCGAACAGAUCCAGGAUGUGUUCACAGAAGAGGAUUUUCAACUUUACAGAGACGUACGCAAGCGAAUCCAAUCCGUAAUUGCUGAGGCGUUUGAUUUGGACCAAACACUGAUGUACCUCACCAAGCCCACCUUCUUCUCCAGGAUCAAUUCUACAAUAGCUAAGACCCAACAUGACGAGUACUGGCACCCGCACAUUGAUAAGGUGACUUAUGGCUCAUUUGAUUACACAUCCCUUCUGUACCUUUCUGACUAUGGCUCUGACUUCACUGGAGGAAGAUUUGUCUUUAUGGACCAAAAUGGCAAUAAGACAGUGGAACCAAAGGCAGGUCGAGUGUCUUUUUUCUCCUCCGGCUCUGAGAACCUCCACCGUGUGGAGAAGGUGACUUGGGGUACCCGAUACGCCAUCACGGUGUCCUUUACGUGCGACCCUACACAAGCCAUCGCCGACCCUGCGUUGCCCUGAGGCAGCCAUGGGCGACGGGAUGGACAUCACAGUCCUCCCUUUCAGUCGAGCCCUGCGGAAUGCAAGUGGUGAAAGAUGAAGGACGAAAAAAAAAAAAAAAAUCAUUUGUUGCUACUUUGACUUCCUUCUGUGGGUGCAGAGUGGUGCAACUUCAAUUCACAUGAUCUUUACGGUGUUUGAAUCUUAUUUACUGUGCAGUAUUAUUACUUUGAAUGAAGUUCAAGUGUUAAGGGCAUUUAUGUUCCAUUCAGGAUCCCAAACAAGUGACUGUUUUGUGUGACUUUUAAUAUUUAAUGAAGAGAUGGCCAACAAAUAUGGGGGAAAGAUAAGUCUUUUGCUGAAACCUAUAAGCCGCGUUCCUGUCUAUCAUGUAUUGUCUAUCGACUCGUUUAUAGGCCAAAUCAUUAUUUAGCGUUCAACACAAGGCUGUUUCAUUUUUGCCUAUCAGAUAGGCAUUUUUUGUCAAUGUGACAGAUUAACUGAGUUUCAAAUGCAUAUCCAUAAAAGUUCAACUUUCAGUCAAAUGUUUUCUAACUGUCAUUGCGUUUCAAUUAUUUUCUAUGGACUUUUUCCCCUGAGCAAUUUUGAUAAAGCCAAACGUUUUGCGCUAUAUUUGCGGCAAGAAAUCGAAGGCAUUUUGAAGUACCGACAAAUACCUCCUGAUUUGUCCGUCUAGAAAUGAACGCCAGUUUGCAUUCUUACCUAGAAAUCAAGUUGUGAACAAAUGAUUGUUAACCUGUGAUUAUUUGAAACUAUAUGAAGACAAAAUUUGUUUUUCACUCUUUUAAUAAAUCUUUGCUUCUUCUCCAA